CCACGCAUCACGUCUGAUUAGGAGUAACGGACGCCCUCAUGGCUGCCCUCCCUCACACCGAGGACAGAAAACUCUGAAAUGAGGGGAAAGUCUUAUUUUCCUUCCUCUUGGACGGUUUAACAAUGGCUUCUGAGAGUUUAGAGUAAGUUUGAUGAGUGACGGUUGGCUUCAUUAUAGGAAACAUGAAGGAGGACGGGGACGCCGAGGGGAGCUAAAACAGAAACAUUAACCGUUAGCAUAACCCUGGCGGCGUUUCUUGCAGGUUAUGGCGAAGCAGUACGAUGUGCUCUACAGACUUCUGCUCUUAGGAGACUCCGGAGUUGGGAAAACCUGCUUGUUGUGCAGGUUUACAGACAACGAAUUCCUCUCACAGCAUGUUUCAACCAUCGGAGUGGAUUUCAAAAUGAAAACACUGGAAAUAGAUGGGAUCAAAGUACGAAUACAGAUAUGGGACACAGCUGGGCAGGAGAGGUACCAGACUAUUACGAAGCAGUACUACAGACGAGCUCAGGGAAUCUUCCUUGUGUAUGACAUCACCAGCACCCUCUCUUUCCAGAAUGUAGUGAAGUGGGCUAGUGACAUGGAGGAGUAUGCACCGCAAACAGUGCAGAAGAUUCUCAUAGGGAACAAAAGUGAUGAGGAACACAGAAGACAGGUGGCCACAGAGCAGGGAAGCAAGGUGCGUCUCAGUCUGGAUGCUCUGGCUGUUCAAAUUGGAUUUCAAGCUUGCCAAGUGUUAUGGGAUGGAUUUCUUGGAGACAAGUGCCCGUACCAAUUACAACAUCAAAGAGUCAUUCACUCGGUUGACUGAGCUGGUGCUGAAAGCCAACAGGAAAGAUCUUAAUAUCAUGCUGCCGCCCAGUGAAGACGACCUUGCAGUUGUUGAACCAGAAGAGGAGGAGGAGGAGGAUGAAUACAGUACCUGCUCAUGUUAGGGGAAGUGCUGACGCAUGAUAUCAUUAUUCAACUUCUACAGAUGUCAUACUUGUUAAGAAGGCAAAUAAGGUGGUUAUGGUUACCAUUUGGACAUGCG